UUUUCUCGAUUCCGAUUUCAACUGAAUACGGUCUGCGGCUCUCUGCGUCUUGUGCGGCAGCAACUCUCCGACAAGCCCUCUACUGGUGACCACUCUCCAGAAAGCCCUCAGAAGCUUCGGAGUCGUUUUUGAAAACAUUAGAAAAACAACUCUACGACGUUUCAAUUUUGUAAUCUUCUAUUGGCCUUCAAUCCAUCAAAACAUGGGAAAAGCAAAGAAAGCCCAAAAAUUUGCUGUCAUGAAGAAGAUGGUCACCUCCAAAGCACUUAAAAAACACAAAGAAGAGGUUUUGAACCCUACCAAAAAGGACGAAAACAAAGAGAAAACCUCCAGAAAUGUGCCAUAUGUUCCGUCCGCUCUUUUCUUCAAGUACAACACUGCUUUGGGGCCGCCUUAUCGGGUUUUGGUCGAUACCAAUUUCAUCAAUUUUUCUAUUCAGAAUAAACUUGAUCUGGAGAAAGGGAUGAUGGACUGCUUAUAUGCAAAAUGCACUCCUUGUAUCACGGAUUGUGUGAUGGCAGAGCUUGAGAAGUUAGGUCAGAAAUACCGCGUGGCUCUGAGGAUUGCAAAGGAUCCUCGGUUUGAAAGAUUACUUUGUACUCAUAAGGGAACUUAUGCUGAUGACUGUAUUGUUGAUAGAGUUACUCAGCAUAAAUGCUACAUUGUUGCUACAUGCGAUCGAGACUUGAAGCGAAGGAUUCGCAAGGUCCCUGGUGUGCCAAUAAUGUACAUUACAAAACACCAGUAUUCAAUUGAGCGGUUGCCCGAAGCGACAAUUGGUGGAGCUCCAAGAAUUUAAACUGUGAUUGGUAGCUUACAGGCGUGAGGAAGAUAGGUGAUUCUGUUUUUGCUAAUUAUCAAUUUUGUUUACUUGUUGUAACUAAAACCAUCUCUAGAUUCAGGUGGAAUUAUGAAUUUUUGUUGAUUUACUUCUCCUCUUUUAGAGACCACAGAUUCUACAGUGUAAUUUCUAUCAAAUGGGGUGCUUCUUGCUCAUUCAACUUAAGAGUUCUGAUUGUUUGUUUUUGUUCAA